GGAGAUGUGCAGCAAGGUGUGGGGGCCUCCUGCAGCCAUCCCCUGAGGAGGUGGCAGGGAUGGCUGGGGCAGCAGGCAGGUGCGUGAACGAGGCAGCGGAGCGCGGCUGUGAGGCAGCACGCUGUGUCAGACGUGGGCGCCCGCUGCCUCCCGCUAAGCGCGACCCGAGAGAGCCUACGUCUGCGCAGCGGGGAACCCCCCUCCGCCUCACGUCUCGCCCCGCUGGCCGCCGGCCCCUUUAUAAAAGCAGGCGGAACUUUCACUUCAUGCCUGAGCGCGUGGCGGGGAGGCGCGGCUCUGACUGAGAUCGCGGCGGGCGGCGGAGCGCCGCGCGGACCCCGAGGAGCCGCGAGGGGAACAGGUGAGGAGCGAGCGGGCCGGUGAGACGGCAGCCGGCGGCAUCGGCAUCGGGAGCUCUCCAACGCUCUUUUGAGGCAGAGCACGGUGAGUGGGACGACUGCAGGCAGCGCCCAGACCGCCCUCAGCUCUGCCUGGCGGAGGGGCAAAUGCUCGUGGCUGUGGGGAGUCGCGCCUUGGUGCCCGAAACCCGGCUUGGUCCCGGCAGCUCCCCGGGGCUGUGGGGGGAAACUUUGGCUCUGUUGUAAUUUGUUAAUUAGAAGUUGUUUCUUACGUGCGGUUAAAUGUCAGCGGGGGAGAUCGGAGUUGUUAUACCGGCUAGGAGAGUUCACAGAGUUAAGUUGAAUCACGGGUGCGCUGACGGCUUUGAGCUCCUUCAGUGGCUGAGCCCGUCUCUAACAGAGGAGAGAAUCGCUGGCUUAAUUGUAGUGGAAUUAUUUUAGACUUCCUGAACGCUGCUAUGAAAAGUUGUGUGUAGCUGAGAGGGUGGGGCAUACCAAGAAAAUUUGGUUUUAACUUUGAAUAAGUGAGGAACAUCUUGCAAAAACAUCAAUUCACAGCAUCCUUUGCUAUGUUCACUUAGUGAAAAUGCCUGUACAUUAUAACAGUGAGUAUUUAGCCCUUUAGUUUUGUGGCAAUUUCCAUUCUUACCUGUAACAAAAUGCUGUCACCUGGUAAGUAGAGUGAUAGAAUGGUUUGACUUGGGAGGGACCCUUAAAGGCUCUCUAGUCCAGCUCCCCUGCAGUGAGCAGGGACACUGACAGCUGCAUCAGUAUGCUCACAGAUCAGGAAGCAAAGGGUACAGGACAAAAAUAAAUUAAAAAAAAAAAUUGCUAAAACUUCUAAGUUCCAUUGGCUUUUCCCACUUUGAUGCCAGCAGGACCUCUGUCAGAAUAGGGAUCUAGGUUAUCACCACUGUGAACUUGCCUGUCAGACCUCAAGAUAGGACUCAGCACAGACCCACAGUACUGCCUCACUACUUCUUGAAAACAAACCAUCUUUGCCUUCAAAAAUUCAUUUUCAUUCUAACAGGUGCCUUGUGCUUCUUCAUCCCAGUCUCCUGGACAAUUUAUCUCUUUAAAAAUAAAAUUAAUUUAUCUACAGAAAGAAUAAGUGUUUCUGGAAUGCGAUUUGCACAAGAACAUUAGAAAUUUGUGAAUGUUCUGAAAGACCAGCUUAUAAUCUGCAAAGUCACGCAGUUCCUCAUUCCUUGAUGUGCUGUCCCAGCACCAGUCUGGCUCCUGUGGCUCUCCUCACAUCUCAGUAACACAUGCAGUUGUUCCUGGCAUCACAGCUACUGAGAUUAGAGCAUGUAUAAUCCCAAUUUGUUUAAUUAUCAACUGAGUAAAUCUUACAGGGAGACUGCUUGAACUGUGACUUUCACUUCAAGUAUCUCUGAGGAGCUGGCGUGUCACAGCUGGACAAAGGCACCUCUACCUAUGGCAAGGGUGGAAAUCUGAGAUACUGAAAGGUCACUAUUAGGUCUCGCUGGAGUCUUCUGCAGGACGAAAAGCCCUGUCCUCAUAGGAGAGGUGUUCCAUCCCUCAUUCAGAGGCCCUCGUCUGAACGUGCUCCAACAGAGCUGAUGCUUUUUGCGCAGGCAGUGGAUUACACUCAGCUCCACGACAAGCACAGCAGCGUUGGCAUCACUUCAUUUGUGCAGUUUCACUCAAACUAGUGAGUUUUCCAAGCACCGUAACUAAGCUAGGAAGGUGUACGUGAAAGACAAGUGCCAUGAAUCAGACUGUGGAGGUGCCAACAGAAGGGAACUCCCUGCUCAGAGCUGUCUACCAGAGUCGACUACGCCUCACCAGGCUGUUGUUGGAAGGUGGAGUCUAUGUCAAUGAAAGUAACAAUAGAGGUGAAACCGCCUUAAUGAUUGCCUGUAUGACAAAACAUUCAGACUCUCAGAGCGUCAGCAAGGCAAAGAUGGUUAAGUAUCUACUGGAAAACAAGGCAGAUCCAAACAUCCAGGACAAAUCUGGAAAGACAGCCUUGAUGCAUGCUUGCCUAGAAAAAGCGGGGCCUGAGGUGGUUUCUCUGCUACUGAAAAGUGGAGCUGACCCAAGCCUACAAGAUCACUCUGAAUGCUCUGCGCUGGUGUACGCAAUAAACUCUGAAGACAAAGAGACUCUGAAAAUUCUUAUCAACGCCUGUAGAGAAAGAGGAAAGGAGGUUAUCAUAAUCACAACAGGAAAGUCUCCAUCAGGAAGGCAGAUAACAAAACAGUACUUAAAUGUGCCUCCUCCAGAUCUUGAGGUAUGCCACUCUCCAGUUUCCUGCACUUCCCCAUUCGAAAUGGAACUGAAAUUAUCACCCCCACUUUCAAGCUCAAAUGGAACUAAAAGGGCACACUUUGGCUUUAAUGAUCUGGGUCAUCCCAGAUGCACAGACAAUUCUCAGCCAGUUUCACCAAGAAAUUUGAGUUCAUCAGGCAUAGGAUUCAGGCUGACACAUUUGCAGCAACUACACUCUGAGCCUUGGAUAAAGAGCUCUCCUUCAUCGUUUCACCAGAGUAAGGUUUCCUCUUUACAUGGAGAGCUUCAGGAUAUAACUCCAGAAGAAAAGCUCUCUUCUAAAGCCAGUGCCUUUGCCUUAUCAAAGAGCUUUGAUAGCAGACACCAAAGUAUUGACAUAAAAGACACUGCUAAUUUACUGAAAACUGCUGCUCAAAAUAGAUCAAAGAAAUUAUACAAGGUGAAAAGCUCUCAGACUUGUUAUAGAGAAGAGGAGCAUCGUCCCAGUGAGAUCGUUGGGGAUGAGGAUGAGAAUUCAUGUUUGAGACCAAUCAGCUUAAUUUCAAACCUACGCAGUAUUAUAAAAAGAAGAAAUUUAGGAGCAAAUCAUUACAGCUCUGAUUCUCAGUUAACUACUACUCUACGUCCUGCUGCUGCAGAAGACAAUAAGUCAGUGAUAGGAAAGAAGAAGAAUCUCUCUCCAACUCACUCUUUGUUUCCAAGUUCUAGAGAUAUACGGGAGAAAAUACCUUCUUUUCCCAUGAGCAGAAAAAAUGAGGCUUUUCCAGAAAGACAGGGUUCAGGAGUCUUUCUGCUGAAUAACAUUGCUCAGACAAGAUCAGGUUUUCUUCCUCCACUCAAUGUGAAUUGCAGCCCCCCAAUUCCGGAUAUUAAUUUCUUACAUAAGGUUUCCAGGGUGAUUUCUUAUGGGCAAAAACACUUAAUACCAGCAGCACCUGCUUCCCUUAGCGAGACCAAAAAUACAAAAAAGCUACUAAAGAGACAGUCAUUACAGACUGAGCAGAUUAGGCAAUUAGUGAAUUUUUGACAGGAGAUUGAAGAGUUAUAAAAUGUUUACCAUAUGUACAGACUCGUUGCUCUACCUAACUGCAGUGAUACACUUCUGAAAAGAUGGCAGGUCUGUGAUGUAGGGCUCUCAGCCUCAGAAUGAAUUAAAUGGCUGAGGUACUACAUCAAAAGAUAUGCUUAACUGUCUAAUUACUUAAUGAAAUGAAGUUGCUUUCUACAGACUGAGGAAUAUUUAUUAUAUUCUCUUAAUUUCAGCUUUAGCACUGAAGCCUUACCCACAUCAGGCUGAAUCUAUGAAGGAUAUUAGGUGAUGCAGUUCUCAUUUCUAGGUUGCAAGUUUUCCCCAAACACUGCCUUGUUUCUCCACCCAGACAAGUUGUACAAAUGGAAUUUGAGAACCUGGAACAUUUGACUGUGAUGCUGGAUGUUAGAGUUUUGUGAUAUCCAGACAUUCCAUACACGAGCCUGUGCUUGAAGGGUGGGCAGUGGUGGGUGCCAACAGGCAACAUCCUCUGGCUUCAGUGGAUUUACUGCAUGUAAACAGACAAUACACAGACUAUAAAUGAAAACAGAUGUUACAAAGCUAUGCUGUAUGUAUAGCUUCACUUGAGAAAUUCCAGAUGAAGACUGAGAAUCUGCUUGAUGUGACCACUGGGGAUCGGCAUAGUACACAGACCUCAGAGCGCUGCAGCUGGGCAUUCAGCGUCUGACAGCAGUCCAGCAUUGAGCCAUGAGGCCAGCAGAGUGCCUGAGUGAUGCUGUUGCUUCUCACCUGAAAUGACCAAACCCUGCUUGCAGCACCAGGUAGCCACAUCCAUCAAUAUGGGCUUCUCAAACUGUCUGCGGGAGUUUGCUGAUUAAAACAAGGAUGAGUGGGGGAGGUAAAGGCUCUGUCAGAAUGGGGCUCCAUUCAGGCAGAACACAUGGGACCUUGUCCUCCCCAUACGUGUGUUUCUUCUCAACACAAGAUAGAGGUGGUGAAAGAUAUCACACACCUUUCCUUGCCUGGGAGCAAGGAUGAGCUCUGUUCUGCUCUCAGAUAUACAAAAAAUAUAAAUUAAAUAAAAUUAAAAAAAUCCAACAAUGGGGAUAUUCACCUGGGAGCUGGAAGACUUCAUCUUGCCUAGUUUGAAGCAAAAGUGUGAAUUUGUGCAGGUCAGAAACAUGCUUUGCCUCUAAGACAAUUCAUAUAUAUUUUUAAUCAUUUCUAUCAAAGACGUGUCUUUCCUUCCUGUUUGGUAUUUUGUGGUUCCAAACAUCUAUCUUGCAUUUGUGUAUAUUUUGUGGAUGCUUCAUUUAUGGCAUCAAAUCUAACGUUUAAUAACUUGUCUUCUAAAGAUUGAGAAGUAUUUAAUGUGCUCUCUUUUGCCAAACAAACAGUAGAGCCAUCUGUAUUGGCCUCUGUAUAACCUGAAUUUCUGUAUACCAAAAUGAUGUGCUCUUUCCUUAAACUACUGUGGGUGUUAUCUGCCUUCUUUUGGUGUCUGCCAAAAUUCACUCUGCUGUUGCCUAAUGAGUAACUGUAUGAGUAGUGAUGUUGUUUAGUCUUGCCCUUACUAUAAGACAAUUUCAAGUAAAUGAUAAAUAUACAGUCAUCUCUGUAAAUUUCUUUUGAUGUAAAAAUAUAUAAAUAUAAAAAUAUAGAAUAUAUUUAAAAAGUUCAUAAUACAUCUUUUUUGAAGAAGGAAAUUUUGGACAUAUGGAAGUAGCAUGGUUUAACAUCCCUACUCAAUAACACUGUACAAAAUGCAUUUCCAGAACUACUGAUUUAAAUCUUAAAAUGAUUUUUUGAUACCAAGUCUUUUCAACCUCUGGAUUAUAGAGAAUCUGUGAGAAUGUGCUCUCUGUCCAAACUCCCACAGGUAACCAGAAUGAGCAAACCUGUUCCACUGUAGUCAAAAUUAACUCCUCCACAAAAAAUAUAUAAGCCUUGAAAGUUGCAGUGCUCACAGCUCUGCUAACCUGAGAUGCGUAGCACCCUGGUGCACAGUGACACGCACAGUGUUUGACGUGGAUACAGCUGUCACACUUGCUUAGUUACUUGAUCAAGUAUUCCUCAGUGGGUGUCUCAGAAAUGACUAGUUCCAGUCACAAACAUGUUGCUGGCGACAGGAGUAGGGUAUUUAUUUGAUUGCUUGUUCAUCUUUUAGAGAAGGACUGUUCAUCCCUUGAAAAGUUCCUUACUCAUUUAUGGACGAGUAAGAAUGGGGUAGAUUUAGUUCCACAAAUUUGCACAGUUCAGCAUUCGGAACUGAGGCAGCUCCAAAAGUGAUUCUAUGUCAUGCUACUAACCACUGGCAUACAUGGUGAAGCUUGUGGAGAACUUGGUUCCAUUCAGGUUCAGACUGGAGAACAGUGCUGUAUUUCAGGAGGCAUUAUUGGACCAGCCUCCGCACAUGCGUGGCAGAAACAAGAAAGAUGAUGCGGGAAGCAUGUCGUAGCAGAGAAAUUAUGUGGAGAAACAUCAGGCAAUUUUAAAUUACUAGCCAUAAAUUUAAAAUUAGUCCAUAUAAACAUAGCAUGUAUGCAACACAAUGUAGUUAUCAAGUGUUUUUUAUGCUAUAUGUGGAAAUUGAAUUCUAGUCCAUUUCAUGAUGAAUACAAAUAUUGAGUGUUAAAAAUAUGUCUUUAAGAAAUACUUUUUUUUUUUAGAAAAUACUAAAUAAUGGUAAGAUUUCCUAUGUGAUAUCUUCACUGAAAGUCUCAUUUCUGCUGUGUGGGUUUGUAAUUAAUUAUGUGUUAACUUAUGCACUGCUCCCUGAAAUAGUAUUUUUUUAGAAGUGUUUAGAAGAUGGAAGAAAAUGCUCAAUGCCUUGAAGAGAGAUCUUUCUGUCACGUUGCCAAUAUUUUGUGCCUAAUUUUCAUGCAGAAAUAAUGUGAAAAGUUAAUGUUUAUUGUUGUAUCAGUGUUAAACCUGACCUUAAAAGUAAAAACAAUUGUGUUUUCUUGCUGUUGUAAUGAUGCAUAAAUAAAAGUUGUUUUUCUUCUCCUUCAAACAACUUGGAAAUA